AUGGCGUUGUCGACGGCCUCUGCUCAGUAUGGUCAAAGGCUAUUGCCUCAUAUCAUUGACGAUAUAGCAAGCAAAGAUCCACAACGAACUAUACUGCUCACAGCACGCUCAAGUGAUCCCAGGGACGGCUGGACUCCUAUGACGUUCGGCGAAUAUGCGAAUGCAAUCAACUACUGCGCACGAGAUAUAGUCGACAGAUAUGGGGAAGCCCCCGAGGGGAGUUUUCCUACAAUAGCAUAUAUCGGUCCUCAAGAUGCGCGAUACCUUAUAACCGUAAUGGCUGCCGUAAAAGCUGGCUACCAGGCACUGUUUAUAUCCCCAAGGAACUCUCAGCAAGCUCAGAUCAACCUCUUCGAAGCAACCAAAUGUGAUAUCCUUUGGUAUGCGGAACCCUUCAGCCAAGCUGUCAAACCUUGGCUACAGGAGAGGAAGAUGCAGACUCUACAAGUCAACUCAUUGCAACAAUGGUUUCCCGCAGAGCAGGUUCCUCACUUCUCUUAUUCUAAAACUUUCGAACAAGCAGAAUGGGAACCAUUCUGUGGUAUGGUUGCUAUUUCCGACGCAACCCAGGAGUUUGGUGAAUGGCAGGGCUCGAAGUAUUGGAUGGAUGAGUGUCAACAGAGGGUCAAGGGGUUGUUCAUACCCAUGCCCCUAUUUCAUGCUGCCGCCUUAUAUACCUUCUUUCAUAUUUCUGUCUAUAGGGGUGUCACUUCGAUUCUGAGCAUCGCGGAAAAGCCUUUAUCGCUUGAUUUGAUUUUAGAAUGCUUAGAGAAUGUAAAGUUUGAGGCCACAUUUCUCCCGCCUUCUGUUCUUGAAGACGCAAGUCAUAGCGAAGACUCUAUGACCAAGCUAAGCAACCUUGCAAGAGACGCCGGGGAGAGGUUGGUGAAACAUAAAGUUCCAAUUUUCAACUUGAUAAACUGUACAGAAUUUGGUAGCUUUCCGGUUUAUUUCCACAACGAUCACGAAUCAUGGGCAUAUUUCAAGUUCAAUUCUGAACAAUUUGGAGCCGAUUGGCGCCCAUACCAUGACGAUGCGUACGAACUAGUCAUAGUUCGCAAGGAUAAGAAACCAGGCUGGCAGGGUUUCUUUUAUACCUUCCCUGAACUUGACGAGUAUAGUACUAGGGACCUCUAUAAACGUCAUCCGACACUCCCAGACUUCUGGAUAUAUUACGGCCGUGCAGACAACAUCAUCGUUUUUUCGAAUGGCGAGAAGCUAAACCCUAUCACCAUCGAGCAGAUUGUCCAGGAUCAUCCAAAUGUUGCGGAGGCUUUGGUGAUAGGUUCGAACAAAUUCCAGGCUGGUCUAUUAGUUGAGCCUGUGAAUUACCCCGAAGACGAGGACAAUAGACAAAAAUUCAUUGACAGUAUUUGGCCGCUCGUUGAGAAAGCAAAUAGCGAGACAGUAGCUCAUGGGCAGAUAAGCAGAGAGCUAAUCACUCUUGCAAGUCCCAGCAAGCCCUUCCUCCGAUCCGGAAAGAACACCGUCCAGAAGGCCGGGACGAUUCGGCUUUAUGGGGAAGAGAUCGAAAAGCUCUAUGAAGAGAUUCAAGACGGUUCUCGACUAUCAGCGGUAACACUCAAUACGAGCUCCGAAGAAUCCUUAACCACUUCAAUUCUCGAACUCUUCAAGACACUAGGAUGCAACACAGGCAUUGGAGCGGACACAGACUUCUUUGCUGCAGGCAUCGAUUCAUUGCAAGUAAUGAAUGCGUCCAGAUCGCUUCAGGGUAGUCUCGGUGUUGAUUUGUCUGUGAUGAGCGCUCGAAUCAUUUAUCGCAACCCCACCCCUCGCCGGCUGGCCCGGUACAUCCUACACAAAACUACUAGCAACGGAGUCGUCAAUGGUGUCAAUGGCCACAAGGUCAAUGGUCAUAAGGUUAAUGGCCACAAAGAGGACCAUGACGUUGAGGUAGCAAAAACCCUUUACGAGAAAUACACAACAGACCUCGUGUGGGGUAAAGCAGGGCGCCCUGUAGCUCCAAGUGAAGAACAGACGGUUAUUCUGACAGGAUCAACUGGGGGGCUCGGUUCCUACCUGUUAGACCAGCUCAUUCGUAACCCAGCAGUAAAGAGGGUUGUAUGUCUCAACCGAGCCGAGGAUGGAGGUACCAGACAGCAAGAGAAGCAGAGAAAGGAGCGCGGACUUGUAUGGGAGACGGAGCACAUCACCAAAGUCGUGCAUUUCCAUGCCGACUUAUCUAAAGACAUGCUUGGCUUGUCACGAGACGUGUAUGAGACACUUCUGAAGGAGGCUCAUCGCAUCAUUCACAAUGCCUGGCCAGUUAACUUCAACAUAUCGACCGAAACGUUUGAGCCGCAGCUGCAAGGGGUUCGAAACCUAGCCAACUUCGCCGCAACUGCCGAACAUCGGGUUGCGGUUGUCUUCAUCUCGUCUAUUGGGACUGUGCAUCAAUGGGAUACAAAGCAGGGCCCUGUACCAGAAGAGCGAAUGGGAGAUUGGACCCUUCCCGGCAACAACUAUGGGCUUAGCAAAAUGACUGGUAGUUUAAUCCUGGAUGACGCUGCCGCGGUCGGGAAGUUCCCAGUCUCGUCAAUCCGCGUCGGACAGAUUGCCGGACCAGAGGCUGAGGUGGGGAUAUGGAACAAAAAUGAGUGGCUUCCGAGUAUUAUAGCCAGUAGCCUCUACAUGGGCAUCUUACCGCGAGACUUGGGGUCCAACAGUCGUAUAGAUUGGGUGCCUGUUGAACGCGUGGCCAGGCUAGUGCUAGACAUCGCGGGAGCGGCACCUGGAAAGCGAACCGAGGCAAGGGAGGCAGCCGGUUAUUUUCACGCGGUCAACGCAUCUGCAACCACUUGGGAGCAGAUCGCUCCAAGUGUCCAGCAGUAUUACGGCAACCGGAUCAAGCAGCUGGUGAGUUGGCAAGAAUGGGUGGACAAGCUGGAGAGUAGCAGUUCCACAGCCGAGGCAGACAUCGGCUCCAAUCCUGGUUUAAAGCUCAUUGAAACUUAUCGUCGGAUGGCGGUCGGUGCUACGCCCGUGGUUCUGGACCUGCGACGGACGAAUGAAAUAAGCAACGCGAUGACGGAAGCCCCGAUGGUUUCAGCCCAGUUGAUGGUACAGUGGUGCCGGCAGUGGCAAUUCUAACGAUGCACUUACAUAUAACACGUACCCCUCUAGCUUGUGGCGAGGUGUACGAUAUACAGGCGUUGGAUGAUUAUCACGGAUGAUGAAUAAUUAGUUAGGUCUAGUUAGAAAUUGUAGAUAUAAAUGAACUCGUAUGAUUACGAGCGAAAUACGUAGGUACCUAAUUACUAUAUUGUUACAGGUAACAUACCGGUAACUCACUCGCUAGUACAAG